UGUCCUUGGUUUACAAAUCAAGAGUCACCUACAAAAAAAAAAUGGAACUUACGCUGCCGUACAUAGCUGCCUCCGUAUUCCUCCUCCUCGUUGCUUUCAAAUUCCUAUCACAAAAAAUACACCACAGCCGCCCCAACAUCCCUCCAAGUCCGCCGUCCCUUCCGGUCAUCGGCCACCUCCACCUCCUCCACCGACCUCUCCACCGGACCUUCCACAACCUCUCUGAAACCCUCGGUCCCAUCUUCUCCCUCCGCUUCGGGACUAGACUCGUCGUAGUCAUUUCCUCGUCGCAGGGCGCCGAAGAAUGCUUCACCAAAAACGACAUCGUCCUAGCCAACCGCCCCCACGGCACGAUCGGGAAAUACUUGGACUACAAGUACACCACCGUCGUCUCCUCCCCGUACGGCGACCACUGGCGCAACCUCCGCCGCCUCAUGUCCCUCGAAAUCUUCUCCACCAACCGCCUCAACGCCUUCCUAACAAUCCGGCGGGACGAAAUAAGGCACUUACUGCGCCAACUGCACCAGAAAUCCUCCGCCGACUUUGCCAAAGUGGAAAUGAAAUCGAAGCUCUAUGGGCUGACGUUUAACAUCAUCGUGAGGAUGAUUGCCGGAAAACGGUAUUACGGGGACGACCUGGAGGAUUCGGCGAAGGCAGCGGAGUUCCGGGAGCUUGUGAGUAAGGCGUUCGAGUACGCCGGUUCGUGGAACGCUGCGGAUUACGUGCCGGUCCUGGGGUGGAUUGAUUACAAGGGCUUUGAGAAGAAUUUGGCAAAGUUUCAUAAGCGACUAGACGUGAUAUUCCAAGGGUUGAUCGACGAGCGUAGGAGGGAUGAGAGUAAGAAUACGAUGAUUGAUCAUUUGCUUUCGUUGCAAGAGUCACAGCCGGAAUAUUAUACAGACACAAUUAUCAAAGGUCUUAUUAGUGUCAUGAUACUUGCAGGGACAGACACUUCAGCAGUGACGUUGGAAUGGGCAAUGUCUUUUUUGGUGAACCAUCCCCAGGUGUUGCAAAAGGCUAGAGCUGAGGUAGACGCUCAUGUUGGCCUGGAUCGCUUGAUUGAUGAACAUGAUCUUCAAAAGUUGCCUUAUCUUCAAGCCAUCAUUUCUGAAACAAUGCGACUUUGCCCGCCGGCACCAUUGUUGGUACCACACAUGUCAUCCGAUGAUUGUACCAUCGGGGGAUAUAACAUACCAAGAGACACAAUCUUGAUGGUCAAUGCAUGGGCCAUUCACAGGGAUUCUAAGGUUUGGGACGACCCAACAAGCUUUAAACCUGAGAGAUUUGAAGGUAGAGAAGUGGAGGCACAUAAGUUAAUGCCAUUUGGAUUUGGAAGGAGGGCUUGCCCCGGGGCAGGUCUAGCCCAACGUGUUGUGGGCUUGGCCUUGGGGUCAUUGAUCCAGUGCUUUCAGUGGGAGAGGGUGGGUGAGGAUCCUGUUGAUUUGACUGAAGGGAGUGGGCUAACCAUGCCCAAAGUUGAGCCAUUGGAGACCAUGUGCAAAGCACGCGACAUCAUGAAGAAGGUUCUCUCUGGUGCAAAUGAUGCUUGAACAAUUUUUGUUUUUAAAUGUGUAGAAUGUGUUUUCGUAUUUUAGUACAUCAAUUUGUAUGUUGUGGGUUUUAAUUUCGUUAAUUUGCUUAAUUUCUUUUGAACUUCUAUUAUGAUCUUUGUAACGCCCCGAAUUUUGGGUACGUUAAAAAGACAAUUUUAUUGAAAAUAAA